CAACCGCCCCACUCGCUGGACAUGCAUCGCUUCAUCGCCUUGAUCAUCGGCUGUGCGCAUAUUGUCGCCAGCAGGCAGACGUAUGCAGAUCAAACGCCUCUGAGAGGAAGCGUCCCGAGAAACGCAGUGAACACGACCUUCCAUGGGGUAGAAGCUCUCGACUAUGACCACUACACGCGAUUAGAACAUCCCGAAUUUCCUCGCCACGGUGUCCGGGUGAAGAAGACAAAUCUAUGCGACGGUGUAACAGCAUACACGGGCUAUAUCGACGUCGAAGCAAGACAUUUGUGGUUCUGGUUAACAGAGAGCGACAACAAUCCAUCCAACGAUCCAGUAGUCUUCUGGACAAACGGAGGUCCUGGUGCAAGCAGCUCCCUUGCACUGUAUGGCGAAUUCGGGCCAUGCCGCGUUCUGAACGAAAAUACAACGGUCCCUCACCCCUAUGCAUGGAACCGCAAUGCUUCUGUGAUCUAUAUAGAUCAACCUAUCGGCGUCGGAUUCUCCUAUGCUGAUCACGGCGAGUAUGUUAGUACAACCGAAGAAGCCGCAGUGGACGCUGCCGCUUUCAUCGCAAUUCUCUUCGAGCAUUUCACUCAGUUUAAGGAUGUGCCUUUUCACAUGGCAGGAGAAUCGUACGGUGGACGGUACAUCCCGUUGUUCGCCGCAGAGUUGUAUGAUCAAAAUACUCGGCUCGCCGCGGCCUCUGGCAUAAAACCUGUCAACAUCACAUCCGUCAUUAUCGGCAAUGGGCUGGUUGACACUCACUCGCAGUUCCAGGCUCUAUACGACUUCCAGUGCACAAGCGUCGGCAAAACGGUCCUGGACAUCUCCACGUGCGUCCGCAUGAAACAAGUGCUGGCGAGAUGCAAAAAAUGGCAAACAGCAGCGUGCAUUGAGCAAUUCGAGCAUAUGAACUGCCAGGCCGCCAGCGAUUUCUGCUUGGACGAAUUCAUGCAGCCAUACGUUGCCCAAAAUAGGAAUCCAUAUGACAUUACGCAACUAUGUGAAGUCGAUGACUGGUGUUAUAAGAUCAGCAAGGACAUAUAUUUCUACCUCUUGCGCUCUGAUGUUCAAGCGAAUCUCGGCACCGACGUAGAUUUCAGCAACGGGAAUCAGCUCGCAACGCGGUUCCACGCUGACGGUGAUUUCUUCCACGAAAACCAUGACUAUGUGGCUGCCCUGCUUCACCGGGGGAUCAAAGCCCUAGUUUACGUUGGCACAUAUGACUUCGUCUGCAAUUGGGUUGGUGUUGAACAAUGGACCCUCAAGAUGGAAUGGGUUGGUCAAGGUGGCUUCGCCAAACAAAGCCUGCGCCCGUGGACGGUCAAUGGACAUCCCGCUGGGAAGACUCGGAGCUACGGUGGACUAACCUAUGCUACUGUCGAGGCCGCCGGACAUUUAGUGCCGUAUGACAAGCCCAAGGAGUCGCUGGAGAUGUUGAACCGGUGGCUCUUCGAUGGAGAGCUCUGAUUGCUUGCAGACCGUGCAUGCAACUCGAAGUCGCUCAAUACUUCCGGUGUGCUAUGCCCAAACCAAUACAUUGCCCUUGACGUGCUGUAGCGGACGCACGCUGAAGUGGAUGGUCCUGUGGUAAUCUGCUGAGCGCCAUGUAUGUUACAAAGGCGAUGAGGUAUUUGGCGCUAAC